AUUGUCCCUUCUAUGUCCUCGUGCUUAACCAGCGUUCGUUAGAUAUUCUUAAUAUAUUUUCUUUCCAAAGUCUAUCUAUGUUUUGCUUUCUUCACAAGCAUUAUAUAUUGUCGUCGCUAUUGCUCUGCCUUGUGAUCAUCAUUGUUUUACUGGUAAGUCUCUUUGUCUCCUUCAUCUUGUUCUCUGCGAGAGUGGAGUAGAUAUGGAAGUAGAAGAAGGAGCAAGUGUUGGUGUUGGUGGUGGGAAGAUUAAGGUUGGAGUAUGCGUCAUGGAAAAGAAGGUCUCCUCAAGUCCCAUGGGUCAAAUUUUGGACAGACUGGAGUCGUUUGGUGAAUUUGAGAUCUUACAUUUUCGGGAUAAAGUCAUACUUGAAGAUCCAAUAGAAAGCUGGCCCAUUUGUGAUUGCUUGAUUGCUUUCCAUUCCUCUGGAUAUCCUCUUGAAAAGGCUCAGGCUUAUGCUGCUUUAAGAAAGCCAUUUUUAGUGAAUGAACUAGAUCCACAGUAUCUUCUUCAUGAUCGCCGCAAGGUGUACGAGCAUCUUGAGAUGUAUGGAAUCCCAGUUCCUAGGUAUGCUUGUGUCAACAGAAAGGUACCAAAUGAAGACCUAGAUUAUUUUGUCGAGGAAGAAGAUUUUGUUGAGGUUAAUGGUGAACGCUUCUGGAAGCCAUUUGUGGAAAAGCCUGUCAAUGGAGAUGACCAUAGUAUCAUGAUAUACUACCCUAGCUCUGCAGGUGGAGGCAUGAAAGAAUUGUUCCGCAAGAUUGGGAACCGAUCAAGUGAGUUUCAUCCAGACGUCAGAAGAGUAAGGAGAGAGGGUUCCUUUAUAUAUGAAGAGUUUAUGUCCACCGGAGGAACUGAUGUCAAGGUAUACACAGUGGGUCCUGAAUACGCACAUGCUGAAGCAAGAAAGUCGCCUGUUGUUGAUGGUGUUGUUAUGAGGAAUACUGAUGGCAAGGAAGUGAGAUAUCCAGUGUUGCUUACACCUGCAGAAAAGCAAAUGGCUAGACAACUUUGCAUUGCAUUUAGGCAAACUGUGUGUGGGUUUGAUCUUCUACGAUCUGAGGGAUGUUCAUAUGUUUGUGAUGUAAAUGGAUGGAGUUUUGUCAAGAACUCUUACAAGUAUUACGACGAUGCUGCUUGUGUGCUAAGAAAAAUGUGUUUGGACGCAAAGGCUCCUCAUCUGUCAUCGACUCUCCCUCCCACUUUGCCUUGGAAGUUCAAUAAACCUAUACAGUCUAAUAAAGGACUAACCCGCCAAGGCAAUGGACAGUCAGAAGAGCUACGUUGUGUCAUUGCUGUUAUUCGACAUGGCGAUCGAACUCCAAAACAGAAGGUGAAACUAAAUGUUACAGAGGAGAAACUGUUAAACCUGAUGUUGAAGUACAAUGGUGGAAAGCCAAGAGCUGAGACAAAACUAAAAAGUGCAGUCCAGUUGCAAGACCUAUUAGAUGCAACAAGAAUGUUAGUUCCCCGUACAAGACCAGGUCGUGAGAGUGAUAGUGAUCCAGAAGACCUUGAACAUGCUGAGAAGCUUCGCCAAGUUAAAGCAGUUCUUGAAGAGGGAGGAAAUUUCUCGGGGAUAUACAGGAAGGUUCAACUGAAGCCGAUGAAGUGGGAUGGUGAAGGCGAAAAAGAAAGACCUGUAGAGGCCCUUAUGAUACUUAAAUACGGCGGUGUUCUAACUCACGCUGGUAGAAAGCAGGCAGAAGAGCUUGGUAGAUUCUUUCGAUACAAUAUGUAUCCAGGUGAAGGGACUGGUUUGCUUCGUCUCCAUAGUACAUACCGUCAUGACCUUAAGAUUUACAGCUCUGACGAGGGACGUGUUCAGAUGUCUGCAGCUGCUUUUGCUAAAGGCCUGCUUGACCUAGAAGGACAGCUGACGCCAAUCCUGGUUUACCCUUCUUUUUUAUUAUAUUGCUGGUGCUUAAUUUGCAAUGUCAUCAGGUGUUUACUAAUAAUGUCUUUAUCUUUCUUGCUUCUCAAGGUUUCUUUGGUUAGCAAGGACUCUUCCAUGUUAGAUGGUCUUGAUACUGCCAGCACUGAAAUGGAAGCUGCCAAGGCUAGAUUGAAUGAGAUUGUAACGUGUGGCAAAAAAAUGAUCAAUGAGCAUGGCUCCUCUGAAGAAUUCCCUUGGAUGACUGAUGGAGCUGGAGUUCCUCCCAAUGCUAAUGAACUCCUCCGUGAAUUGGUGACAUUGACCAAGAAUGUGACUGAACAAGUAAGAAUACUUGCAAUGGAUGAGAAGGAGAACCUCACUGAGCAAUAUGAUAUGUAUGAUCAAGCAAAGGCUCUUGGAAAGACAAACAUUGACAGUGAUAGGAUUGCUUCUGGAUUACCAUGCGGUAGUGAAGGGUUUCUUCUCAUGUUUGCUCGGUGGAUAAAGCUCGCAAGGGAUCUCUACAAUGAAAGAAAAGACCGAUUUGACAUCACGCAGAUUCCGGAUAUUUAUGAUUCAUGCAAGUACGACCUGUUGCAUAAUUCCCAUCUAGGUCUACAAGGAUUAGAUGAACUCUUCAAAGUUGCACAGUUGCUUGCAGAUGGUGUGAUCCCAAACGAGUAUGGAAUCAAUCCACAACAGAAGCUUAAAAUCGGUUCAAAGGUUGCUAGGCGCUUAAUGGGGAAGAUCUUGAUAGACUUGAGGAAUACUCGAGAAGAAGCAAUGAGUGUUGCUGAACUGAAAGAACAACAUGUCUCAUUGUCAUUAUCUUCCUCGAAAAAACAUCAAGACAAAAAUAUUUCACCAAAGAGAGAUGAUUUGAGAAGACCUGGCACUGGUGAUAAGGAUGAAGAUGAUGACGAUAAAGAAACCAAAUACCGAUUAGAUCCUAAGUAUGCAAAUGUCAAGACACCUGAACGUCAUGUGAGGACUAGACUCUACUUCACAUCUGAAUCGCAUAUUCAUUCGCUGAUGAACGUACUUAGAUACUGUAACCUCGACGAAUCACUUCAAGGAGAAGAAAGUCUCAUCUCCCAAAACGCAUUGGAACGUCUUUUCAAAACAAAAGAACUUGAUUACAUGAGCUACAUUGUCCUAAGGCUCUUUGAAAACACCGAGGUAUCACUCGAAGACCCCAAGAGAUUCCGCAUUGAACUUACAUUCAGCCGUGGAGCUGAUUUGUCCCCCUUAGAGGAGAAGAAUGACGACGAGGCAGAGUCAUUGAUGAGGGAACACACGCUUCCGAUAAUGGGACCAGAGAGGCUGCAAGAGGUUGGUUCUUGUUUAACACUGGAGACUAUGGAGAAAAUGGUUCAUCCUUUUGCUAUGCCACCUGAAGAUUUCCCUCCUGCUUCGGCUCCGGUUGGUUUCUCCGGUUACUUCUCCAAAAGCGCUGCAGUGCUCGAGCGUCUGGUUAAACUCUUCCACAGCUACAAAAACUCUUCUUCUGAUGGAAAAAGCUGAAAGGGGAGCAUGCAUACAUACCAACUUUUUUGUUUACUUAUUUUCUUCUGAAAACUGCUCAUGAUUCUGUCUCAGUGCAGUUCAAAUCAAUGUUCCUUUUUUUUUUAAUCAUGUUUCAGUUAGCACUUAGCAUGAUUGAAAAAUGUAUUAUCUCUGUUUUUUGUAUAUUUAAUAAAUAGUAUAGAUUACAAUCAUAAAUCUCCAUUCAAGUUAUUAAGGAAAUAUAAAUUAAUUAUGGCUA